CAUAGAAUCUUAUUACUUAACUAAACAAACAGGAAAAAAAAAACUCUCUCUUGGCGUUUCUUUAAAAGCAUAAUAAGAUGAAUAAGCUCUUCAUUGUUUCUCUCUUGGCUCUGUUAAUGGUAACCUCUUAUCGAGCUGCAGGAGAAACAGCUUAUAGAGAGCUUGACAUUCUCGGAGAGCUUGAGAACCUCGACGUGCCUCAGGAUGAUAUUGACGAUGAUGUGAACUUCUUUGAUUUCUCUUUGUUUACAAGCCAAUUUUCUGGUAAGAAUCUGGUGAAUGUAGAUAGCUUCGGUGCAGCUGGAGAUGGAGUUUCUGAUGAUACUCAGGCAUUUGUAAGUGCAUGGAAGAUAGCCUGCUCUGCACCAAGAUCCGUGUUAUUGGUUCCACAAGGACGAAGCUAUCUAGUAAAUGCAACGAAAUUCAAUGGUCCAUGUCAAGAAAGUUUGAUUAUUCAGAUUGAUGGAACAAUAGUGGCACCAGAUGAUCCCAGCCAAUGGAACCCGAGAUUCCAAAGGGUUUGGCUCGAGUUUUCCAAACUCCAAGGAGUUGUAUUCCAAGGAAACGGAGUUCUUGAUGGCUCAGGUACCAAAUGGUGGGCUGCUUCUUGCAAGAAGAACAAAUCAAACCCUUGCAUAGGUGCACCAACGGCACUAACUAUAGAAUCAAGUUCAAAUGUGUAUGUGAGAGGCCUAACAAUCCGUAACAGCCAACAGAUGCAUUUGAUCAUAGCUCGGUCGAAUACAGUUAGAGUCUCUAGAGUUAUGGUCACAUCUCCAGGAGACAGUCCAAACACUGAUGGAAUCCACAUUACCGCAUCAACUAAUGUUAUAGUCCAAGACUGCAAAAUCAGCACAGGAGAUGAUUGCGUCUCAAUUGUGAAUGCAAGCUCUAGGAUAAAGAUGAAGAAAAUCUACUGUGGACCAGGUCAUGGAAUCAGCAUUGGAAGCCUUGGAAGAGGAAACUCUACAGCAACCGUAUCAGCUAUUGUGUUGGACACUGCGGUUUUAAAGAACACAACUAAUGGUCUAAGAAUCAAGACAUGGCAGGGUGGUAAUGGUUACGUAAAGGGUGUACGUUUUGAGAACGUAGAGAUGCAUGACGUUGCAAAUCCAAUUAUAAUCGAUCAGUUCUACUGUGAUUCACCAUCAACUUGUCAAAACCAGACAUCGGCAGUUCACAUAACGGAGAUAAUGUACAGAAACAUAACCGGAACCACAAAAAGCAAAAACGCCAUCAAGUUUGCGUGCAGUGACGCAGUCCCUUGCAGCCACAUUGUACUCAACAACGUCAACUUGGAAGGUAAUGAUGGAAAAGUUGAAGCGUAUUGUAACUCAGCUGAAGGGUUCGGUUAUGGAGUGGUUCAUCCCUCUGCUGAUUGUCUGGAUUCACAUGACGAUAAGAGCUUGGACCAAACUCAGUAUUUGUCGGAAACUGUUUUGGUCGGUGAAGAUGCUCUAAAUGCUCACGACGAGCUUUAAGGUGACCGGAUUUUGACGGCUGUAGUAGUGAGAGGGUUGCUGUACACGUAAUAUAGCUGUACCAAUUCAUCUUAGCAACUGACAUAUAUUUAUAUAUAGCUUCUAAAUGAAGCACAUACAAUGAGAUUGACAAGCAUUGUAGUAUUUGGUAUAAUAAAAUAAAUAAUCUAUCUAUUUUUGUAACA